CGGCGCGCCGGGGCGGGCGCGGUGCUCCGUGAGGGGGAAGGCGGCGCUGAGGGGAGGCCUGGCAGCGGCUGCCGCGGUGAGACCCCGUCGGCGCGUCACCCUCCCGCCGCAGCCAUGAUCCACAGCCUGUUCCUCAUCAACGCCGCCGGGGACAUCUUCCUGGAGAAGCACUGGAAGAGCGUCGUCAGCCGCUCCGUCUGCGAUUACUUUUUCGAGGCGCAGGAGAGGGCCUCGGAGGCGGAGAACGUGCCGCCCGUCAUCCCCACGCCGCACCACUAUCUCCUCAGCGUCUACCGGCACAAGAUCUUCUUCGUGGCUGUUAUUCAGAGCGAGGUGCCGCCUCUCUUCGUCAUCGAGUUCCUGCACCGCGUCGUCGAUACCUUCCAGGAUUAUUUUGGUGUCUGUUCAGAAGUGAUGAUCAAGGACAAUGUUGUGGUGGUUUAUGAGGUGCUGGAGGAGAUGCUGGACAAUGGCUUUCCAUUGGCAACAGAGUCUAAUAUUCUUAAGGAACUGAUAAAGCCUCCCACUAUCCUGCGAACAGUUGUCAACACCAUCACAGGAAGCACUAACGUGGGUGACCAGCUUCCUACUGGGCAGCUAUCAGUGGUGCCUUGGAGACGUACUGGUGUAAAAUACACCAACAAUGAGGCUUAUUUUGAUGUGAUUGAGGAGAUAGAUGCAAUCAUCGACAAAUCAGGUUCCACAAUUACUGCUGAAAUCCAAGGAGUGAUUGAUGCUUGUGUCAAGCUGACUGGGAUGCCAGACCUGACCCUCUCCUUUAUGAACCCUCGGUUGCUGGAUGAUGUCAGCUUUCAUCCCUGUGUGCGUUUUAAGCGCUGGGAGUCGGAGAGAAUACUCUCCUUCAUUCCACCUGAUGGCAACUUUCGCUUGCUCUCCUACCACGUCAGUGCUCAGAAUCUUGUGGCAAUUCCUGUCUACGUUAAACACAACAUCAGUUUCCGUGACAGCAGCUCACUGGGACGUUUUGAGAUCACAGUGGGGCCAAAGCAGACCAUGGGGAAGACUGUAGAGGGUGUGAUGGUCACUAGCCAGAUGCCAAAAAGUGUCUUAAAUAUGACCCUCACACCCUCUCAGGGAACACAUAUCUUUGAUCCAGUUACAAAGUUGCUGUCAUGGGAUGUGGGGAAAAUAAACCCCCAGAAGCUUCCAAGCCUGAAGGGCAGCGUGAGCUUGCAAGCUGGGACAUCAAAGCCAGAUGAAAACCCCACCAUUAACCUGCAGUUUAAAAUUCAGCAGCUGGCUAUAUCUGGACUCAAGGUGAAUCGCUUGGACAUGUAUGGGGAGAAGUACAAGCCCUUCAAGGGGAUAAAAUACAUGACUAAGGCUGGCAAGUUCCAAGUCCGAACCUAGAGCAUCCUGAUAGUGAGGAAGAGCACUUUCCUGUUUCUCCUGUCCCUGGCUGUCGGAUGCAGCCUCCUACCCCAUCCCUCUCUUUAGGGUUGCUCCCUUGCCUGUAGUAGCAUGAGCAGGAGAGCCAGUGCUUAGGGUGCUAGGGAGGGGAAAAGUAAGGUUGACCUGAAACUAUCUCAGCUGAGUCUGAAGUAUUUGGAACAACGGCAGAUGGGAGAGGUGUUCAGGUCCCUUGGGAUUAGAGAAUCAGCUGUGUAAGCUUCUAUCACCUUCAUUUUGCUGUCUUAAAGGAAAUUCUAGGGAUUUAUUGCCUUUUGUAACUCCUCUUGCUUAUAUCUUGGUUGGCUUUUAUCCCUUUGUGGAAAUUCAACUUUGUGUCAUGUACAAACUCCAACUGCAGUGUGAUGGUCUGGCAUCUGCCCUUUUCCAUCCCUGGGAGUAAGGCUGGAGAGGCAAUUCUUGGCAGCAGAGAGAUCCCCUAGGUGUUCUGCCUCAAAGGAAGAAGUGGAAAGGUAGAUUGUCCCAUCCAAGGGCAACUUCCAGGAUGGCAAGUUAAGAAGGUUGAGAUUGGUGAUGGUGCCACAGAGGGAAGAAGAGGCUGCUUUUUCAUAAGCCAUCUUGGUCACCAGGUAUCUUGAAUCUCUGCAGACAGACUGGAGCACAUGUCAUCUUGUAACUGCUGGGUGGUGACAUCUGAAUGUAGUUCUGCUUCUCCAUGACUGAAGGUAGGAAGGUCUCCCACCAUCUUUGGGGAGUCAGGGAAGAGACAGAGGCAGGAGGAUUUUUGUGGCGAUGUAGCACUCUGCAAGCUGUGGGUAAAUGAAGAUGAUCUCUAUCCUAGUAACUUGUUGGAACCUCUUUUUGUCUCUGCCUGCCUGUCACAAAUGAAGGUGAUACUGCUGUUCUCCUGCUCAUGGAUGUUUUCCUUUGAGAUAAUUGUGUCCUGGUAUGUUUGUAGUGUUUCUGGCUGUCCUACCUCAUUCUAGUUCCUUUACCAAUCAGCUGCUGUGCAGGUGGAUUCAAGGCUAAGCUGGAAUAUUCACUGGGACCAUCUCUUCUGCAGGAGCUGUUGCUGCCUCUGCCCAUUCCAGUCUGUGCUGCAUCUCUCUGUACAGCAUAAAUAUGAAAUGAGAGGUGUCUGCAGUGUUUGUAUUGUCUGUAAUGUGCUCUUUGGCCACUAGAUGCCAGGUUUUUUUUAAUCUGUGGUACAAGAACUUGUCCCUAAGGUGCUGUACAAUGUGACUACAGCAUCUGUCAGAUGGCUGUGAAGUCCAGCAUGUACAGCUCAUGCUUGGGAACAGAACAAAGUGACCCUAAACGAAGGAUAUAACAUACAUUCCGGUUUGCAUGUGAUGGACACUUGGAUAAGUGGCAUCUUGCUUGUGGCAUUGCAAGUUCCAGUGCAACUGGUGAAUGCCAUGGCAAGUGGCCUUACUGCUGAGCAUGUUCUGUGCAAAUAUAACCUUCAGCAAGGGCACCAAUAAAACGAAUUUUUACAUUGUCUGUGUGGUUUCAGAGUGG